CGCCACCCCUCCCAGCCCUCGGUUUGCCCUCCAGCUGGGCUGCGGGGAGUCCGAGCCGAGCUAAAAAACCUGUUGAGAGACGCGCGCAUGGACGAGACUCGGCAGCGCUGCGAGGCGCGCGCACACACACAGUCCGCUCGCUUCUUCGGCCUCGGCGUUGCCAGCGCUUCCUGGAAGUCUGGAGCUCUCGCAGUGCAGUGAGUUCAUGCACCUUCUUGCCAAGCCUCAGUCUUUGGGAUCUGGGGAGGCCGCCUGGUUUUCCUCCCUCCUUCUGCUCAUCGGCUGGGGUCUCCUCCUCCCCAGGCCUCACCAGCCCCCAACUCCACCCCCACCGCGGCCUCUCUCUGUCUCUCCCCAUCCACCCGCCCCUCCACCGGCUCGCCCAUGAAGAUGCACUUGCAAAGGGCUUUGGUGGUCUUGGCCCUGCUGAACUUCGCCACGGUCAGCCUCUCUCUGUCCACUUGCACCACCUUGGACUUUGGCCACAUCAAAAAGAAGAGAGUGGAAGCCAUUCGGGGACAGAUCUUGAGCAAGCUCCGGCUCACCAGCCCCCCUGAACCGUCGGUGAUGACCCACGUCCCCUAUCAGGUCCUGGCCCUUUAUAACAGUACUCGGGAGCUGCUGGAGGAGCUGCAAGGGGAGAAGGGAGAAGGCUGCACUCAGGAAAACACCGAGUCGGAAUACUAUGCCAAAGAGAUCCAUAAAUUCGACAUGAUCCAGGGGCUAGCGGAGCACAACGAGCUGGCCGUCUGCCCCAAAGGAAUUACCUCCAAGGUUUUCCGCUUCAAUGUGUCCUCAGUGGAGAAAAAUGGAACCAACCUAUUCCGAGCAGAAUUUCGAGUCUUGCGGGUGCCCAACCUCAGCUCCAAGCGCAAUGAGCAGAGAAUCGAGCUCUUCCAGAUCCUCCGGCCAGAUGAGCACAUUGCCAAGCAGCGCUACAUUGGUGGCAAGAACCUGCCCACACGUGGCACGGCCGAGUGGCUGUCUUUUGAUGUCACGGACACUGUGCGUGAGUGGCUUUUGCGAAGAGAGUCCAACUUAGGUCUGGAAAUCAGCAUUCACUGUCCAUGUCACACCUUUCAGCCCAAUGGAGAUAUCUUGGAAAAUAUUCACGAGGUGAUGGAGAUCAAGUUCAAAGGCGUAGACAAUGAGGAUGACCAUGGCCGUGGAGAUCUGGGGCGCCUCAAGAAGCAGAAGGAUCACCACAACCCUCACCUCAUCCUCAUGAUGAUCCCCCCACACCGGCUCGGCAACCCGGGCCAGGGUGGGCAGAGGAAGAAGCGCGCCCUGGACACCAAUUACUGCUUCCGCAACCUGGAAGAGAACUGCUGUGUGCGCCCUCUCUACAUUGACUUCCGCCAGGACCUGGGCUGGAAAUGGGUCCACGAACCCAAGGGUUACUACGCCAACUUCUGCUCGGGGCCUUGCCCAUACCUCCGCAGUGCAGACACAACCCACAGCACGGUGCUGGGACUGUACAACACCCUGAAUCCAGAGGCCUCUGCCUCGCCCUGCUGCGUGCCCCAGGACUUAGAGCCCCUGACCAUCCUGUACUACGUCGGGAGGACCCCCAAGGUGGAACAGCUCUCCAACAUGGUGGUGAAGUCCUGUAAGUGCAGCUGAGGCCCCGGGACCUGCGUCGGAGGAGACAGAGAGGAGCCGCUGCCCAACUGUCCGCUGCUCCGGGGACAUAAAAGCUGCAGACCCGGCCUGGUGGCCGGCCCAGAGCCCGUUCCCUUCGGCUCCAGGCGGGUGACCGAGCCAGAGGUUUCCUUCCAGGACAUUUCUCUUUCUUGCUGGCUCUGAAGAUCACUGUGGUAAAGGAAGUGUGGGUUUGGUUAGGGGAAGGCUGGACUCUCGAGGACACAGAUUUCCUGUGAUAUGCAUAUGG